AUGUCUUUCCGAGUCUCAAAGUUUGAGUCAUGUCCCAUUGAAGGGAGCGAAGAUCAUAAUAUGAGUGCAAUUGAUAUUGUCCCCGAAGAUGAAAAGGAAGAAGUUAAUGAGUCCCGCUGGCGUCGACUUGUGUCUUUGCUCACCAGCUCGCCUUUUGACCUUUUCUUAAUGAUAAAUGAGCACUUUGAAAGUGUUGAUUGGGACUCGAAAGCUACAUCCGUGGCUAGACCUACAGGUAACGUUCUCACGAUGGCCUUGUAUGUUACUAGGCUUUGCCAAGACAAUCUGAUCAAGCCGAAUGUACACAAUAUCGGCAAAAAGCACGAUGCUUUUGAUCUGUCAAAGUCAAAAGCUCUUAAGGAUUUUGAAUUUUGGUCUCAAAUUCCAAAAGCUGGUAUAGCCAUUACCCAUUUGGACUGGUACUGGGAGCUUUUACGAGUUCUGAAAAUAUUUCUGCGGGCGUCACUAAUAGGGCUUGUUAUAAUGAAUCUGUUUGUUACCUACAAAUUUUUGUUGGGACGAUAUCAAACUUACUCUUUAUUUUACUGUAAAUCCAGGCCACGUUCGAAGAACGUUAUCAAACGGUCUCUUAGCGAUUUGAGCAUUCGUUAUAUGGAAGAUGUUUCAAGAAGCUCACUUUGGGCUAUGAUCACAUUUAUUUUCUUGCGAAAGAGAGCUAACACAGAAAGACAAUUCCAAGGGAAAACAUAUUACCAGCUGCAAAAGUGGACACCAGGUAAAUUUUAUGCCGCAUUAUUCAGCACCUUUUCACCAAUUUGCUUUAUUUUCCUCAUGGCAACAGAUGUCACUUUCAAGACUGCUAUUCCAGUCUUAAUUCAUCAGUAUCUCUCAUUCUUGGUUAUUUUCGAACGAUAUGAGAGCAGAUUAGAUGAUGAAGCUUGUCUCUCCAUGGCCAAUCAAGCAGAAAUUCAUGAAAAGGUAAUAAAACCGAAAACUGCUAUUAGGACACAGGAUGCUAUGGUAGAUGCUACACAACACGGCGGCAGGUCUGCUGUAUUUUUCCCUUCAUUCACUACCACUAGAUCUCACAUUUUCCAGACACACACACUAACUGGUGAUGUUGUCACCGAGCGGUACAAUCCAGCUACCGAAUUCUUUGAAGACGUAGAGAACUCAGGUUUCACCAAAAACUAUGUGAAUCAUGAUUCUAAUUACAUGCUCGGCGGUACACCCAGAGACAAGGCAAUAAAUGGCGCGUCCAUACGCCCAAUGUUUUGGAGCCGACAGCCAAGUCCUAAUAAAAUUGGUACCCCGCCCAAAUUUAUGCCCAACGGUGCUUCUCCUUCGUCGGCUCCAUUAACACCCAAUCUGAAACCUUUGUAUGGGACUCAUAAUGAUGUUUCUAUAAUUAAUACAUCAGGCCUUAUGAACAGAGGAGAUUCCGCCAAUCGGGAUAUUCAGUUGCCGCGAAAUAAUAACUACUCCCGGCUCAGAAGGAACUCGGCGAGUCCCAUCAAGUCUGUGGGAUAUAUGGGUACUACAGGUAUGCGUAACUCCCGAAAACCCUUAGUAGGAGGAGAUAGCUCUAUUUCUUUUAGCAUGGAAGUUCCUAAUGUAGAUAUACCAUUUGAGGAAGUGGCGCAACGUGGGCGGCGUACAUAUCACGAGGGUAAUUUGUCUAGGGAUGUACCCGCGAGCCGCUCUUCUGCUUUAUCAUCUCGACACAGCAGUGUCAGCCCUUUUAAAGGCAGUAACCUUUCUUACAGAAGAGAUUCGGGUGAUUCAAGACCCCCAUUUCGUUGA